AUGCCCCUAUGGCGCCCAGGACUUAUCAGAGGCAUCAAGACCUCGGUUCCUGUCUCGAAUAUACAAGACUGCCAAUCAUAUCUUGAUCAUUGCAGGUUUAACGAAGCCAGUAUCGAAUCCACCAUUUUUCGAGGCACGUUUUACGAACUUGUAACCAAAAAGUUUCUCCAAAAUCAGCUCAAUUGUAACAGUUUGGUGCGUGCAGGAGGCGCCUACGAUAACGGGGUCGAUAUUUAUGGCAAAUGGGACCUUUCUAGGUACUGGAACCACUCGGUAUCCAAAAUAAGUGAGAAAGAAAAAUUGCUCAUAAGUCCACGAAUGUUUGAAAAAAGCACAAAGCCAAUUCUCCGAAUAUCUCGCGAGUUUUACGAACACUUUAGUCGAGUCAAACAACCCAAACAUCAAAUAUCAUUGAAACUGGAUAUCGAUAUCUUGGUGCAAUGCAAAAACCACGACACAAAAAUCCCCGCCCUGGUUGUUAGGGAAAUGAUUGGAGUGUAUCAUUAUCAUGUAACGAAGAAAGAGGAAUUGCGACGCACCAUUAUGUUUCUCAUAUCUCCAAAACCGCUCACUCCACAAGGAGUUCGUCAAGUGGAUACUGCACAAAUUCCUAUUGUACAUUGCACAUUAACACCUCUCCUACCGUAUCUGACCAAGAAAAAUGACAUCUACGACUUGGAAAACUGGGGCGGAGGAAUACUAGAAACGGUAUAUAUGAACGGAGUCUCCCGUUCCCUCCUUCAAGGUCUACAAAUCGAAUCCCAAAUGGAACUUUUAAAGGCACACUCGAAAAGAAAAAGUAUUAUUCACUAA